AAAUGUAUUUGUUCUUCUUUUGCAGACAACGUUAUUGCCACGGAGUUGACAAAAGCUGGUUGGAAGACCACGUCUCCAAAUGAACUUCCUUUCGACGAAUCGACUUUUUCGUCGACACGACUUGGCAACAGGACAUUCCAAGUUCAGAAGAAAAUAUUGUUAGUUCAUAAAUCUUGGAUAAAAGAACGCUCGAAGCUCUCUCACUAUGUAGCACGGUUUUUGGACGGCCUUCGUGCGCCGUACGUUGUAAGUGAAGUUGACGAUAGGCCGUUUUUGGAUUUAAAAGAAGAUCUAAAACCGGAUGUAACUGUUGGACGUUAUUCACUUGUAAUUUUCGUAGACAUCAAAACUUACCUAGAACUCAAACCCAAUGUGCAGCAAAUAGUAAGACUCUACUGCAAGAAAUUUGCUACAGGCCUUCUGUUUUUCAUCUCAAAUCAUGUAGGAGCGAUACCAGAGUUUGGCAUUGAGGUUAUAAAACCGCAGAAGGAAAAACAAACGUUAGAUGUUGAGGUAAAUGAAACCUCGAAGCUUUUACGAAUAACUCGAAGAGGCGGCUCUGUCUUAAAGCCUUACGUACAGAAAGGACAGGGAACUAGGUGGAGUUUUCUUCGAUAUGACCCUUCAGUAACUCCCUACGAAACAGUUGAGUAUGUUGUUAAUCGUAACAAGAGACGAGAACGAGACCUGGAAAUCGCAGUGACCGACCAAGCCACGGUAUUGCUGGACGAUGGGCGAAAAGACGGUGUUAAAAAAGUGUUUUUCGGCGGAGGUUUUCCGUUUUUCCUACACACAAUGUUGUUUAUGGACAGCCUGGAGUAUUUAUCCCCAGUUAGUCCUACUGUGUUUUCGCUUGAGAGAUAUCUACAGAUUGACGUUGACGAUAUUUUCAUCUCCAAGACUGGGAUAAGGAUGAAAAAACGAGACGUUCUGGAGAUGAUAUCAGUUCAGGAUAGACUGUCGCAAAAGGUGCCCGGAUUCAAGUUCAAUCUUGGUUUCUCGGGUCGCAGCUUCAAACAAGGAGACGACGAAGAGAACGACGGAGAUGACGCCCUGUUAGAGCAUGCGCAUAAAUUCACCUGGUUUGGUCACUUGUAUGAUCACGAGCAGCCUCACAAACACACGUAUGAAGAGAUUGUGAGAUCCCUUACUAAGAAUGAGGAGUUUGCAAAGAAACACGGCAUUCCCAUGGACUUGUCGUACAUGGUUGCUCCACAUCACUCAGGCGUGUAUCCUGUGCAUGAACCUCUUUACGAUGCGUGGUCGAAAGUGAGGCAAGUUCGUGUGACUUCGACUGAAGAGUAUCCGCACUUGAAACCCGCUUGGUUCAGACGGGGAUUCAUCUACAAAGGAGUAAAGGUUCUCCCGCGUCAAACGUGUGGCCUGUUUACGACAACUAACUUCUUUUCUGAGAUCAAGGGAGGGAAGAAGGCGCUGGAUAAAAGUAUCGAGGGCGGGGAACUGUUUGAAACCCUUCUGCGAAAUCCAGUUAUGAUUGUAAUGACUCACAUGACAAACUAUGGCAACGACCAGUUAGCACUUUACACCAUCAGCCGGCUUGUCAACUUUGUUCACCGCUGGACUAACUUCGACGUAAAAUACGCGUCGCCGAUUGAACUCGCGGAUAUCUACUUCAAUUUAUUUCCAAAAGAUAAAGUUCCAGUGUGGUUGAGCCCUUGUGAUGACAGUCGCCAUCUUCAAAUCUGGCCCAGUCAGAAGUCUUGUAACAGGCUCCCAUCGUUCCUAGUGAUCGGGCCUCCUUUUGGAGGCCUGGACGUGCUCGUAACACUUCUCAACCUUCAUCCGGAUUUCUUGCUUGCAGUCACCUCAAACAACGGGACCCGGGGAACUAGCUUCUUCAGCAGUGAUAACUACAUGAAAGGCUUGGAUUGGUACAUGGAAUUUUUUCCGCGCCCGACGAGAGUAGAGCAGAUGUCUUAUGAAGUGAGCGAUGAAUACUUCACUAACCGCGAGUCUCCGUACAGUGCGAGCAAUCUCCUCAAGUCCGCGAAAAUCCUGAUAGUCCUUGAAGAUCCUGUAAAAAGGGCUUUUUAUCACUAUCAGUACCUAAAAACUCUUCAAGAUUCACAGCUUCCUAGCUUUGACGAUCUCGUCAAAUCCAAUGGUGAUCCAAGCCUGUCCAACGUUAGGCGAACUAUUCUGGAGGCUGGGCACUACUCUGAACACAUCGCUCGGUGGAUGAGACACUACAAUGCCAAACAGAUGUCCAUUGUGAGCGUCGAUGAUUUGGUUUCCAGGCCCAUCACGGUCAUGAAUACAAUUCAAGAAGCUGUUCACGUAGAAACCCGCGUGGAGUACUCGCAUCUUCUAAGAUACGAUGAACAGAGCGGCCUUUAUUGUCCUAAAUCCUCCACUUACGUGACGGAAUGCCUUGGAUUUAAGGAAUCUAGACCAGUUCAUAUGAGCCGGCAGACUGAACAGUACCUUCAGCGGUAUUACUCUAGGCAUAAUCAGAAUCUACUGCGCAUGAACCAGAAGAUCGAAUUUCCUCUGCCCAAGUGGAUUCACGGGUGAAUAGAGAGAUUGGGGGAUCGCAGGAGCUUAUGGAAGUGGCUUCUACUUCGCAAACAGUAAUAAAAUGCUGGUUUGAUCGAUAUUUUAUUACUAUGGACAAGAGCACAAGAACACUCCGCUAUCAGGGUGCAUUACGAUAAAAGCAAUCUCGAAGAUGUCUGAAAUGCAGUCUGAAACACCUGGCGAAUGUUGACGUCACUGGACACUUAGCUUUUACUUUGGCCUUCUCCAUGGCCCCAGUCGAGCCAAACUCGAUUUUGUGACAAAACAAAAUAACGCUCUUUCAUAAUGGUUUGUUGUGUUCAGGUUGCAACUGCCCUGAAAACUAAUGCAAUCUAAGACAAAUGUUUUGGAAAGACUUUUGCAUCUGAUGCGAUUUUCCGUUUUCGUGGAAUUCUUUUUUUUUCUACAAAUCAGUGCAUACAUACCCAUCAAAAUGUCCAUAUUUCAUCCCGUUUAUAUUUUAUUAUUUGCAUUUUUGUAUUUUUAUUAUUUACAACUUAUGUUUUUGUUAUUUACUGCCAUACACACCCGGUGUCGCUGCUACUCAAUUGAUUCCAUUCAUUUUUGUUGGUUUUCCCGUUUGCUUGACCAAUCAGAAACGGAGUUAUUUUGAGUGUGGUCACGCGCCAGUUGCUAACUCUUUGAUUGGUUGAAAACUCAGAGGAAAUUAACAGAAAGAUAUGAAAAAUAAACAACCGAAUUUCUAAAGAAAUAUGAAUAACUAAAUAAAAAAACUUAAGAAGUUCCUCGUAAAUGUAUAUAUAUUUUUGACCACGUGGAAAAAAGAGAUAGUGGUUAUCAAGUCGUAACGCUAUGGCUUUCCUCUGUGAACAAGAAAAAUAUCGCGGUACAAAAUGUUCCGUCUAUUUUAAAGAUCAAUACAACGAAGGAGUAUAUAUUGAUUUUAUAUAUGUAAAGUUUAUACAAAUGUUUAAAAGCUAUAUAAGAAUAUAAAGAGAAAUAAAAAAUAUAUUGUAUCAACUCUGAUAAUGUGUAGAAAAUUCUAUGCUGCCAUUUUCCACGAUUUUCUGCGACAGCGUUUGUUUUUCUGAGGGAAAUGAAAUUCUGUGAUAAAAAAAAAAAAAA